AGUGAUAAUAAAAUAUUCAAAAUAUGUAUGCAUUUUGCUAAAUUUACUAAUAAUUUUUAUUUUAAUCAAGGUCCUUCUGAACAAGAUAGUCAAGAAGUAAGUCUAUCAUCAUCAGAAGAAGAAAUUUCUUCUGACAGUGAACUCUAUCAUAGUCAAAGAAGCUGCAGUUGGAGAUCUGGUUCUUCAUGUGGGGAAUAUGAUUCUGAACCAGUUGAUGGUGAUGUUAUGUGGGAUCACAAUGCAACAGAUUCAGAAGAAUUUGAUUUUAAAGCAGCUGAUAGAAUCAAGAUAACUGAUCCUUCAGUAUAUAGAGAUUGGUGGUGGGGAAGUGGCUCUAAUAAAAGUGGAUGGUUAUCUGCUGCAUACAUAAGAUUGAGUGCAAAUAAAGAAUCAUCUGAUAAGGAACCUCAUUCAAGACCUUUAUUGCAUAAUUUACCUGGAAAAUUUAGUAAUGAUCAGAUAAGAGCUAGUGUAGUGCAAGAGAUAAUCACAACAGAACAAGAUUUUGUGAAACAUCUAAAAGACGUUGUAGAAGGUUAUCUAAGGCAAGUUAGACGUCGUCCUGAUAUGUUUACUGAAGACUGUAUAGCUACUAUUUUUGGCAACAUAGAAAGUAUAUAUAAUUUUCAAAGUCAGUUUCUGAAACAUUUACAAAGUUGUUUUGAUGCUGACAAACCACAUAUGAGUGAUAUUGGUAACUGCUUUUUAGAACAUAAACAACAAUUUAAAAUGUAUUCAGAAUAUUGUAAUAAUCAUCCUUUAGCUGUAAGCAAACUCCAGGAACUUUAUGCUGACCCUAAAUAUCUUCAUUUCUUUGAGGCUUGCCGACUAUUACAAGAAAUGAUUGAUAUAUCAUUAGAUGGUUUUCUAUUAACACCAAUUCAAAGAAUAUGCAAGUAUCCUCUUCAGCUUGCUGAACUGCUGAAAUAUACUUCAUCUGACCAUAAUGAUUAUAAAGCAGUUACAGAUGCUUUUGCAGCAAUGCAAGAAGUUGCUCACAUGGUUAAUGAAAGAAAAAGGCGAAUGGAAUGCCUUGAACAGUUAGCUGAAUUGCAACAGAAUAUUGAAGGAUGGGAGGGUCCCGAACUUCUUGAUACCAGUACUAUGUUAAUUCAUUCAGGAGAAGUAACGAGAGUGUCAUCAUCAUGGUCAAGAGAUAUUUAUGUCUUUCUUUUUGAUAAUCUUCUAGUCUAUUGUAAAAAAGAUCUUUUAAAACGAAAUACGUAUAUUUAUAAAGGCAGGCUAAAUUUAAAUUCUUGUCAAUUAGUAGAAAUUGAAGAUGGAAGAGAUGUUCAUUUUAAUAUGAAUGCACGAAAUGCUUGGAAAUUAUACUGUUCCCCAAGGAAGAAAUGGUUUUUGUUUUAUACAAAAACAGCUGCUGAAAAGUCAAAAUGGAUAAAUGCAUUUAAAGAAGAACGUAAAAUUGUAAAAGAAGAUGAGUCUCAAGGAUUUGUUGUAACACAGCAAGAUAAAAAAAUAGCUCGAGCAACUGUAAUAAAUAAAAUUAAACCAAGAAGAUCACGAGUUAAAGUUUAUAAAAAGAAUGCUUAUCCUGAUAUUUCUCCAUUACAUCUAUCAGCUGCUGGAAGAACAGGAAGUUUACCGUCUAAUUUUCAACCAGAUUUUGUAUCUUUGUCUGGAAGAACAAGAAAGUCAAGAAAAAAGGAAUCUAGUUGGUUUCAUUUUGGCAGUGGGAAAAAAAGAAAAAAAUGAUUUUUUGAUAAAAUUAUUUAAAAUAUAAUUGUGUGAUAUUUAUUGAAUAGAAGAACAUGUGGCAUACUUAUUUCAUUUAAUUUAUACUUUCACAAUGAAUUUUAAACAAGAAAUAUUUCAAGUAUAAGAAUCAUACUAGUCUACAAAAGGAUGCCAAUUAGAAUAGAUUAUUUACAAAAUGUAGCUGAUUAGUUCAAUCUAAAAUCUGAGAAACCAUAGCUUAAAUUCUGUCAAAAGUGAAUAAAAAUUUACAGAAUUCAUAAUAAAUUUAAUUGAGUGGGUCAUAGUAAAUAGAAUAAGGAUAAAUUAGAAAUAAAAUCUCUCUUGAGAGUUUUAUGUUAAAAUACGUAGUACAUUAUUAAAAUUUGUAUAUAAGUAUGUGUAACAUAAUGCUACAUGUAUAGAAAGAGUACAGAACAAUUACACAGUAUCACAGCUUGUCGUAUUGUAAUUACUUUAAAGAAACACUGUGAAAUUGUGUAAUGUAUCAGUUUGUACAUUGGUUGUUAGUGAAAUAAUUCACUGAUCAAUAACACAAGGUGCCACUUUUUUUAACUUCAUCUUUGUUUAUUUGAUAACAAUAUAUCAAUGAUAUUAAUAUAUUAGUACACGUGCCAUGUAAUAUUAUAUUCUGAUGACAUCAUAAAUGCAGGUACCCUAGUUACAGUUUCUUGUCAUUUUCAAUGCAAAUUAGCAAGGUAGUAAGUAAACGGUAUCCGACUGUAAAGAAAUGCAUACAAGUUUGAAAACAAAUAAUUGUUGAAUCUGUUUCAUAUUAAAAUGCAGUUAAAGCUAGUUCACAUUGAUAAAAUGUACCUAUAUUUAUAAUUUAAAAAUUUAUGUACAUUGUGCUUUACAUACAUUUUAAAUUAAUCAAUAUUAUAUUGUUGAUAAUGAAAUCUAUGCAUAAUUGUUUAUUACAAAUUAAUUGAAACAUGUUCUGGUAACAGUCCUGGUAAGCAUACUAAAAAUUUUAUAUUUAUUGCAAAAAGUUAUAAAUAUGAGUGCCUAAGUGAAUUUUUGUAAUAGAAUAUAAAUCAAAAAGUAAAGAAGCCUUAUGUUUCCCUAAAGUGAAGUAUUAUUAAAAAGUACAUUUGCAUUUUCAGCAGCUUGCAAAUGUAUUUGUACUGUACAUGCCAUCAAGCUUUUGAUAAUAAACUGAAGAAAAUAUAAAUUCAAAUUUAAAUCUAUUUUAAGAUAAAAAGUUGGAAAAUAAAAUAACAAAAAAUACAAUUCUUCCAAAUUACCUAAAACAGACAUUGUGUAAAAGUAAUAAUUUUUAAGUCAUAUUUUGUUUUGAUUAUUUUAUUCAGUUAUAUGUAAUUUUUAUUAACUUACAUGUAAUUCAAACUUUCUGAAAUGUUUUUAUUUAAAUUUAAAUUUAUUUUUUGUUUAAUUCUUUAUAAUAUCCAACGAUAAUUGCAAGCCGUCUCAAAAUUUUGCUUAUGUAAUUUUCAAUAAUGCUUCAUGUGAGGCCUCUUUAUUUUUUAAUGAUGAAUUGAUAUGAUAAUUAAUAAUCACUCCUAUUACUUUAUAUUAUUUUAAUAAAUUUGGGAUGAUAUAUAAUUUAAGUAAAUUAGAAUAUAAUGAAAAUUGAUUAAAAUAGACAAUUGUUCAUAAAGAGAAAAAAUAAAUAAAAUGCAGUCAAACCUCCAAUAAUGGUUACUUUCUAAUAAUGUAAAUGGAUGGGCAUUUUUAUCUUCUUCUCAGUGCAAUUGUUCAGAGGUUUGACUUUAUAUAGGAUAUAUUGAAAAAAUUCCAAACUGAAAUCUAUAACUGUAGUAAUAUUAUUAUAGUGAUACUUAUGUUAGUAUUUUUCAAAGUAUUCUUCCUAAUUAUUUAUACAUUUAUUGAUAUUAUUUUUUGCAAAUAGUAGGAAAUUUAUAUUUCCUACUAUAAAUUUUGAUUGAUCCAUUAUCUUUUCAAACAAAACACACAAAUCUUAGAAGCCUAUAACCAAAAUAUUUUAAUUAGGAUGGAUAUUUUUGAAAUUUAUCAUUUCAGUGUCAGAUCCAAUUCAUAUAAGAUUCAAAUAAACAAUAGAAUAUUAAGUUUUAAAUAAAUUGAACAGCUUGAAUUUUUUGAACAGUUAUUUUUGAAUUGUUAACCUUUUUUAAAUUAACAAACUUUUUUAUAGAGAUGAGAUUUGCUUUAAGUUCUUUACAUAAAAUGUGGAAAAAGGUAUAGCAUAUUGAAUCUAGGAAGUAAUCUACAGUAUAUACAGUGGAAAAGAAUAGAAAUUUCGUGAUACUAGAUUAUACUAAAUUAAUAAUUCGACAGAACUGCAAACUUCUGCAUCACAGAUAUUUCUCAAAAUAGGCUAUACUUUAAAAUAUUGUGAAAAUAUUUAUUUAUGGCUUUGUUUUCAGAUAUUACAGUAUAUUGUUUUUUGCUGUGGAGUCUGAGUUGGAGUCAAAAGCAAUUCUUGAAUUUCUGGAGUCAGAAUUGUAGUCAGAAAAAAUGGACCAACUCCAAACUUCAACAGUCAUGGUUCUAAAAAGUAGUCUGAUGAUUCACAUUAAGAAUGAUAGCAUGACUUGUAUGAUGCAUGCUUUUAAUUGAUAUAAAAAGUAUGUAAAUAAAGGGAGUCAGAGUUGAAGGGACCAUAAACUGAGGAGUUGGAGUCAAGGAGUUUGUGCACUGACUCCACAGUCCUGUAGAAAGGUCUAGUAAACUGGUAUGUAUCAAAUUGUUCAAUACAUUUUAAAUUCUAGAAACAGAAGUCAAAAACAGUCAAAGUUAAAAUUUAAAUUGGUCUAAAACUUUUAGGAGCUUUGUAGAACUUCAGACAUAAUUGAAUAGGAUGAAAUUACCAUUAUUUUAUUAAAACAAAAUAAACUACCUUUUAAGAUGCUUACAUACAGAGUGAUUAUAAAGUCUCAAUCCAUUUUUGUGAAAAUAGUAACUAAAUCAGUUAUGUGCAAGUCAUGUGAAGCAAGUAGGCCCAAGAAAAGAGAAUUGCUAUGGUUUGCACAUGUUUGAGUGGAUUAAAAUAAAGUACCAUGAAAUCAACCUGUUCCUUAGCUUUCAAAAUAUCAUGACACAUUGCUUGGAAGGUGGCAUAGUCCUCUUUCUUCUCUCCAGCUUAUAUAACACCUGAACAUGCUAUGCACAUUUUAUGAAUUUCUAAUGAAAGAUCUCUCACAUUGUCAAUUGUGGUUCAGUGAACACCCGAAUUAGUGUUCUGAUUGAUGAUCUAGCUGUGUUGUUGCAAUUUCUAUACAUUGAAAAAUUUUGUCUGGUAUUGUGAGUUUUCCAGAACAUUGUGCAUCAUGUGCAUUACCUGUUUACCUGAAUUUGUUAACCAACAAUCUGAUAUUGGCCCUGGUAGGAGCAGACUUUCUGAAUUUCUAGUUGAUGUUAGUCUGUGCUUUCAUGUAUGUUAAUCCACUAAAUCAUCCACAAACAAAAACAGUUCUUUCUUCUUGGAUCAGCAUAUUUUACACAAUUACUAUUUUCACAAAAAUGGAUUGACUUUAUAAUCACCUUGUAUAUUUUAUUACAGAACUACAGUCAAAAUAAAAAUUGUUGCAUUUAAGAGUUAAAAGCUACAGCAUGCUUUUUUUUAUUUAUUUUUUAUAAGCAUUCCUUACUUGAUAAAGAUGAAAUAUUUUAUACUUAAUGAUGGUUACAUUAAGAUCUUUUACAAAGUUUUAAAUAUGAAAAAUUUAUAUUGUUCUGUUAUUUUCAUUUAAACAUUUUCUGUUUUGAUAUUGGGAUAAUAAUUGUAAGUAUUAACUUAUAAGUACAUAGGUCUAUAAUAUUUUAGGUUGUGAUGGUAAUUAUAUUCAACUAUAGCUGAAUAUCUGAAGAUAGACUUUCAAAACUUCAAAAAACAUAUUUACAUAAAAUUAAUUUUUGAUUAUUAUGAAGAUUCAAAUUCUUCUGUUAUGUCUCUCUUAAUUCAAAUUGGAAAAUAUAAUUAUCUGGCAUCUGUUGACCUAUCUAUAAUAAUGAUGAUUUUCUGUAGUUGAAUAGAGUGUAGUUUUUUCUCCUUUAAGAUUUAUAGGCAUUCACAAUAUUUCUUAUAUUUUAUCUGUAAAACUGGAAGAGUAAUUUCCUCAUUAACUAAUGUAUUAAUAUUGAAAGAUCAAGAAUCAGAGUUUUACCAACCUAUAUUUUACUUCAUGUAUAUGAAUAUUUAUUGGUUAACUUCUUAUUUGACUUGGAUUAUAUGUGCUUCUAAACUUAAUUUUCUGCAUAAAAUUUAAGACUUAAAGACUUAUUACUAAAAUUUAGAAAUAGUUUGUUAAAAUUUCUCUGAUAGAUCAUUCUAAAUGAUAAAAGAUUCACUUGCACUCAAAAAAUAAUUUUUUUUCUAGUAUUUAAUAAAAAAGAAAGACAAAUAUAUAAUUUAUUUACAAUAUAAUAUUUGUUCAAAACAUCACUAAGUCAGCCUGUAUCAUCAAUGUAUUAUCAAGAUUUUCAACAAAGUGAAAUAUAAAUAAACUGAUAUAGUGUUUCAUUAAUAAUAAGAUUUUUGGAAUGCUUAUUUAAAGCACUAUAAAACUGAUUCAGCAUAGAAGCAUACUCUUUGCAAAUAUGGCUCAGUAUAUGGUCAACACAUAUCAGUUUUAUUACAGUUAACAUUAUAUUCCAACUUUCAUCAUUAUCUUUUGUAUUUUCAGAAAUUUGUCUAAUUUUUUUUUAAUGAAUUGAAAUGAUUGAAAGAGUAACUUUGAUAGUACUAACAUGAGUUAUUUAUUUUAAUCCUAUGAUUUUACAUAGCUGCAAUCAGGAACUAAUGUUACACAAUUUUAUACUUUUAAUGCAUAUAGUAACCUCAAAAAUUAUUUUACUUCUUCAACUUAU